AUGAAUGUGCGUAUUACUCAGCGGACAGCGUUCCUAACACUAGCCCCUUCGCGCAGCACCGCGUUCAACGGUAGGAAAGCGUGCAGUAAUCGAUUCACUCGCAUCGCUCGUAAAAUCCAAGCGUCGUUGGAUUUGACUGAAGAUAUGGAGCGUAUUGUCUCUCGGCGAUACGUGGUUACCUCAACACUUGUGAUAGGACAGCUGACACGUGCCUUACCCGCAAAAGCCGUCAUGGGAAUGACGGCAGGGCGCGUUCCAGGGUUCGCCAAGGCCGAUACCAAUGGCUUUCGAGUGUACACGCGACCCGAGGCCAAAAGCGGUGGACAUGGUGUCGGCUGGAGUGAAAUAACACCUUACUCGUUUCAAGCGAAUGAGUCAUGGAGAGAAACGCCCGUGAGCAUUGCUGAUCCAGCGGGUACAGAAAUCGAUGCUAAAUUUGUGAGCGACAGCGAUGGAGAGCUGAAAAUAAUUCUUGCUCCCAUCCUUCGUUUUUCAGACAAGGGUGACUUGGAUACAAUCGAUAUUAAAGAGCUUGUUUCGUUGAAUGCUUUCAUAAAAGGAUUUGGUCCAGAACUAUUAGGAAAUCCCAUACAGGACGAGAACAUACUGAGCGCCGAGGAGAUUCAAGUAAAAGAUAGAACCUACUACAUCUACGAACUUGCAAAUCAUAGUCUGGUAUCAGCAACUACCUGGAAUAAAAGAGUUUACAUAUGUGCCAUAACAUGCAACUCGUUACAAUGGCGAAAAAGUAAAUCAAAUAACAUUUCAGUGCUCAAGUCUUUCCAGGUACUUGUCUCCGGCUAG